ACCGGCCCGCGCACGCGUCUGCUGCGCCCACGGUAGAUCGGCGCGAUCCGAGCCGAUACGAUGCGCGCGACCAUCGCCGGUGACAAUUUCGCAUUUCGAAAUCGCGCUACCGCGGCCGGCUUCGUUCCGUUGCAUCCAGUGCUCGACGUAUAGAAUGGAAACGAUGACCUCGUCUCCGCUGCUCGUGUUUUCGUAAAGACGGACGUCACGAAAAUCUUGAAAUGAAAAAGGAAUGCAGUGAUGGAGUAUUUGACAAGUGUGAGUGCGCUGAAAACGUUGAAAAUGUUGGUUCUCUCGAACGUGUUCCGUGCGACCCAUCACACAAAUCAAAUAGUGCCAAGAGACUUGACCUCGUCCACAGCGAAAAGUGUAAAACCUAUGGAUAAACUAAAAAUAGCGUCGCAGAAUUCUCUAAGAAUAAAGCAACGUACGAAAACCCGUGAUAACAUUAGUGUGACACAUCGAGAGAUGGAUGGAGGCGAUGUAAAGAGUGUGCAACGAGAAAAGUGCCUUUCUAGUAGCGUCGACGCGAUCGUCACGCGUGAUGAUACCAAAAGUAAAGUGAUAUGCAGUGCCAAAGGUUUAUUAGAGACUAAUCUAGAUGAUCUAUUUAACGAUGUCCAAAAACUGGACAGUUGGGCUUCCGAGUCGAAAAGUCUUGGUGUCAGUGAGCCUACCUUAAGUUUAAGUGAUGACAAAACGAAGCGUGAAUCUCUCGUGUCAGUUGAUGACACUGAUGAUGAUACAGCAAGCGAUAGUGAUCGCGCGGACCAUGUUAUGCGGGAGCAGAGGAUGUGCAUGGGGGCUAGACGUUUCGGUCACAUGCUGCGGCGAGUCAUAUCCAGAAAUGUGUUCCCGAACGUGCCGGCGGCGCCGGGCAUGCCCUGCGCUGGUGAAGACAGGAGCAUAUACAGGAGAGGAGCACGGCGGUGGCGGAAACUGUACCGUGUCAAUGGACACAUCUUUCAAGCUAAAAGAUUUAAUAGACGCGCUUUCUGUGCCUUCUGCCAAGACCGCAUCUGGGGCCUCGGAAGACAGGGCUUCAAAUGCAUCCAGUGUAAGCUGCUCGUUCACAAGAAGUGUCACAAGCUCGUGCAGAAGCCGUGCUCGAAUGAGCAUGUCGAUCCCAUUGAGGUCAAAGACGACGCGAACGGAGAGGCCACUUUGGGCCGGGCUUCUUCUGUCAGGUCUCGUGCGGAGGAGCAGCCCCCUCUGCCGGAGACACCGCCGGCGCCGGCGCCCCCCGCCCGCCCUGAGGAGCUGGAGCCGGGCUCGCAGCGGCAGUACUCGCUCGACGACUUUGAGCUCAUCAGGGUCAUCGGACGUGGCUCUUAUGCCAAGGUGCUGAUGGUAGAAUUAAAACGCACGAAGCGCAUAUACGCUAUGAAGGUGAUAAAGAAGGCGCUCGUCACCGACGACGAGGACAUCGACUGGGUUCAGACUGAGAAGCACGUGUUCGAGACCGCCUCCAACCACCCAUUCCUGGUCGGCCUGCACUCCUGCUUCCAAACACCGAGCAGAUUGUUCUUCGUGAUCGAGUUCGUCAGGGGAGGGGAUCUGAUGUUCCACAUGCAGCGUCAGCGGCGGCUGCCGGAGGAGCACGCGCGGUUCUACGCGGCCGAGAUCUCGCUGGCGCUGCACUUCCUGCACGAGCGCGGCGUCAUCUACCGCGACCUCAAGCUGGACAACGUGCUGCUCGACCACGAGGGACACAUCAAGCUCACCGACUACGGAAUGUGCAAGGAGGGAGUGCGUCCUGGCGACACGACCUCUACGUUCUGCGGCACUCCCAACUACAUCGCGCCGGAGAUCCUCCGCGGCGAGGAGUACGGCUUCUCCGUGGACUGGUGGGCGCUCGGGGUCCUCACGUACGAGAUGUUGGCUGGCAGAUCGCCCUUCGACAUCGCCCAAGCUGCCGACAACCCCGACCAGAAUACAGAAGACUAUCUCUUCCAGGUGAUAUUGGAGAAGACGAUCCGUAUCCCGCGCUCGCUGUCCGUGAAGGCGGCCUCGGUGCUGAAGGGCUUCCUCAACAAGAACCCGGUGGAGCGGCUCGGCUGCGGCGAGAACGGCUUCCUCGACAUCGUCAACCAUCCCUUCUUCAAGAGCAUCGAGUGGGAGAUGUUGGAGCAGAAACAAGUGGUGCCUCCGUUCAAGCCUCGUCUGGAAGGCGAACGGGACCUCGCCAACUUCCCGCCGGAGUUCACCGACGAGCCCGUGCAUCUCACGCCCGAUAACGAGAGCGUGAUCGCCGACAUCGACCAGUCGGAGUUCGAAGGGUUCGAGUACGUGAACCCGCUGCUGAUGUCCCUGGAGGACUGCGUGUGACAGCACGCCUGCCUGCUGCACCCGUACCACGAGCCCGGGACGGGCUACGGGUACGGCGCGGAGUCGUCGUCGUCGGACUACGACUCGGUGUGCUCGGAGGCGCCGGCGCGCCGCCCCACGCUGCUGCAGCACAUGUUCUGCUUGCCGCUCAACUGACGCAAGCCUCGCCCCCCGCCCCCCACCCGCGCUCCUCACCAACACCCACUCAACUAACAAUGUUAUUCCGAAUGUUCAUUGAUCGACCUACUCCCGGCUAACCCUUUUAAUUCCUUAUUACAUACCGCGAUUCGAGUUUUUGCACUUAAUUAUGUUUUCUUCUUUGCUUCACGCUGUUUUAUUUGUUGAGCAGUUAUUUAAGAACUCAUUAACAUAACCCAAAUGUUAAUCAUUGGUAAAAUCAAUAUUACAGACCCCCUACGUACCUAAAUUUCAUAUAAAAAUCUUUACACAAAUAAAUACAAAUGCUCUUUAACUUAAAUACCAAGAUAGAAGUUCAACUGCAUAGUGAUGUAAAAUAAUAUAUAUACAAAUAUAAUGAUAGUGUUUCUCAUAAACUUUUAGCCCUAAUGAAAUUCAAAAUGGCGAGAGCGAGCGAAAUGGCGCUAUGUCGUAUUUACAAUUUUAGAUUAUAAAAUAGUAUAAUAUUCCUCGUUACAACUAAUAUUAAAUUUAAGAUUCUACCACCGGUUCUCUCGUACUAACGGAAGUUGUAAACAUUACGGUGCUCAAGAAUUAACUAUCACUCUAUAAUUGUAGGGAGCGAACACUUACACAUAAUCGAUUCUCAAUCGAUACGUAGCUUCGUGUACAUAAUUUUGAUCGUUUAUGUAUAACACAACUUAUUUUUAAACUUGUAGUAUAUCUAUCUAAUAGAUCUUCGUGUAAAAAGUGGAUAAAUUGUCAAAGGCUUGUUAUUUCGCUCUUCCAAAAUUAUCGAUACAGAUAAUCGAUUUUAAUCUUAAUUAGCUUAUAAUAUUAGUGGAAAAAAAAAUAGUAGUUCUUUUUAAAUACAGUAUCGUGAAGGAAAUUUGAUUCCCUCAUAAUGAAUGCGUUAAAUAAAAAUUAUAAUCUGGCUGUAAAGAUAUUUAAGGAAUGCAAGAAUAUAAUAAUAAUAUUAAUAUUAUAAUUAUCAAUAAGUAAGCUGUGGUCGGUAAUUUUCAGAUAUUUCAAAUAUGUAAUAGUAAGUAUUAGAAUGUUGUAUGUAUGUAACCAAUAUUUGUAAUACAUAAAGUGUAAUGUUAUCGAGCGAAGUUUAUCUGAUCGUAGUUAAAUUAUUAUUUAUCGAGACAGUUUCGAUCUGCUCAAACGAAAGGCACGCGAGGAAUUAAAAGUAGUGAAAUGAUAAUGUCAGUGGCUCUAAAAAGCCCUUAUCAAUUGUUUAGUGUAUUCCCUAGCAACCUAGACGUAAGAUAGCUGUACCCUUGUCGAUGGUGUGCCGCAUAACAAAUACAUCAUGUUUAUAACUGAAGCUAUCUAUCUGUUCGAAUACAAUAGUCAUGUAAACAAAAAUACCUUGUUCUUUUAUCAAUAUCCUCUGGAUUCAAAAAGGAAUAAAUAAUAAUUCAUAAAUCGUCAAUAUAUGGUCAGUGUACAAUAUUCUUAUUCCAUUUCUGCGGUACACUUGCUUCAUGAUGUUGUACAUAAAACAAUUAGCGUCACUCGAUGUUGUAAUAAUAAUCCUUAAAGUAGAUUCUAUUACCCUUCCUAGCAACACACAGCUCGUUUAGGUAGCCAACAAAUUUUAUAUAAAAAUUAUAAUACUUGCACAUAAAUUUAAAAUCUUGUACAUUAUAAAUAAAUUGUUAAACAGUAGGAAGAGGGACUUGUUAUAAUGAAAUUGUUGAUAAAUCUAUGGGUGGAGCCCGAAGGCAAAGUUCAAACUAUUCUAAAUAAAGCUUAGUUAAACUCUACUAGACAUUGCACCAAUACGUAUUAUAGUGAUACACGCGUGGUAAAUCUUUCCAACUUCAUAUUUUCUUUUUAAAAGUCUUUUGAAAGACGUAAAGUGAGUUUAAAAAUAUUACAUUCCAAAUAUAUUAUCCAACAGAAAUUUUAAUAAGUAUAUAAUAAAAAUUAUGGAUAGUCUAUGAGAACAUUUAAGAUUGUUAUCUAUGCACAUUGCAGAGUAUGUAACUAUUAUAUUAAUAUAAUCUAAAAGACAGUAUUGAUUCUAUUAUAGUAAAAUAAUUUAAUCAAUGUAAACUAUUUAAUGAAAUGGCUAUAUUACUUAAGAAUAUUUAUAUUGUAUAACGUUUGUUUGCGGAUUCUUGUAUUAUAAAAUAUCUAUUCAGGUUUACUUAUUGGCGCUAAUGAACUAAUAAUCUAAUCAGAAGUAUUCACAUUUUAAGAAGCCUUUGAUUUUCUUUUACGGAUUAGUUGGAGCAGACCAGUGCGGAGCGGCGCUUGGCUCGAACAUGUCUAGUUAUUUUUUUAUUUAUUUAGUAUUAAAUAAUUAUAGAGUAACAGUAUUCGGUACCAUACAAUAAAGUUUUAGAUUUAUCGUAUAGUCCAAUGUCUAAAAGUUAUUAUUUUGAUUUUGACAGUUUGCAUGGAAGAGAUUUUUCAUAAAUACCGCCUUAAACAUGCAUUACAGAGCAAAGCAAAUGUUUUUCAAAAUUAAUUAUUAACCGACGAAAGGGCUUAUAAAUAUCAGUGAUCCAAGUAAAUAUAUUUAUCAAGAAGAUUAAAUUAAGUGCCUACCUACUAAAGUGACAGGUUUUAUAGACGCCAUUCAAACGUGCUUUUUUCAUAUUAUUUCCCGCCAAAUAUUUUCUCAUCACAUCUAGAUGAUAAAUAAAAUAAGAACCAUUAAUUUUCGAACGAUCCCAAAAAUGAAACUUUUAGUACUCAAAAAUACAGAUUAUAAUAAUGUUAAAUACCGUAAAUGACAUUUAUCACGAUUAGUCAGUAAGUAUUAAUAAAAGGAACAAAUAAAUAUGAUUUAAGUUUUAGUUUGAAUGUAUCGCACUUGUAUUUUACGUGUAAGUUUGAUUUGCUGGUUGGACAGCACCGAUGUUACUUAAUGUUUAUAAUGUAUGCAGCUUGGUGCGCUCAUGGAUACUGUCAAAUUAGACUGGAAAAGUUGGGAUACUGUACUAUUCUAUGCUUAAAUGAAAAUAAAGAAGUUAAAUGAGAA